AUGCUCACUUCGCUUCUAGCUUUCCUAUCCAUUCUUCAAGUCAUAGCAUCCUCUCCACUUCACCUUAAUAAGCGAUACAACGCGGUUAAGAUCCAAGCUUUCCGAAACGGAUAUUGUCUCUCUCCAGUUGGUACCAAUACCGCCAACGGCAUACCAGUAGGCGCCGUCGAUUGCUCGCAAGCUAGAACCUGGAAUAUCAAUCCUGGUAGUGGCAGUAUCACCUUGGCGAAUAAUCCCAAUUAUGCUCUUGAUGCGGGAACAGGCAAUACUAAUGGUGAAGGUGUCAAGAUUUGGCAAAGCUACCCUGGGUUAUUCCAACAAACUUGGUACUUGACCGAUGAUCGAAGGAUCGCCAUCACUGGUGGCAAUCAAUGUUUGGACAAAUACGAUGAUAACACUGGAGUACAUACUUGGCAAUGCGGUGCUGGUAUCAUCAAUCAAAUUUGGACGAUCGUCCAGCCUUACGCACCGUUUGCACCUGUCUCAGGCCAGCAACCCGUCCUUAACCCACCUAUUGGACAAACUUACCUUGAUCCUGCCAAUUCCGGUGUAAGGAUCCAUCCGUAUCAAAGACCAGAUCUCGCCGUUACUGUAACCGGUGGUGUAGCUGCUUUCGGACAAUACGUGGAUAUCGCAUACGACCAACAAAACUCGAGUCCUUACGCUCGACUUCAGCUCUGGUACCUUCCUACUCCAGGAACCACCAACUCUGCGGUCCUUCUCUAUACCGCAGAUAACAACUACUGUUUGCAUGCUGGUACCAACCCUAUAACGAUUACCAAUACGAAUCUUUGCCUAGACGUACGAGCGGAAUCUUCACCUACCCUAUUUAACCCGUACAAUAUCCAAAAGACCCUUCAAGUUUGGACUUGCUCGGCUGGUAAUCAUAACCAAGAGUUCCUCACUAUCGCUAAGAAGGCAUAA